AUGGAAGCGGAGGAGGCCUGCGCCCCCGGUGCGCCUGGUGCCCCCGGAGCCCAGGGAAGCCAGCGCGCGUCUGGCCCGAAGCUGCGCGUGUCCGGCCAGCUGCUGCCCGAGCUCUACACCUUCGUGUCUCGUGUUCUCUUCUACCUGGCGCCCGUCUACCUGGCCGGCUACCUGGGACUCAGCGUAACCUGGAUGCUGCUGGGCGCGCUGCUGUGGAUGUGGUGGCGCAGGAACCGCCGCGGGAAGCUCGGGCGCCUGGCGGCCGCUUUCGAAUUCCUGGACAACGAACGCCAGUUCAUCAGCCGCGAGUUGCGGGGCCAGCACCUGCCCGCCUGGAUCCACUUCCCGGACGUGGAGCGGGUCGAGUGGGCCAACAAGAUCAUCUCUCAGAUCUGGCCCUACAUAAGCAUGAUCAUGGAAAACAAGUUCCGAGAGAAACUUGAGCCCAAGAUCCGAGAGAAGAGCAUUCGCCUGAGAACCUUCACCUUCACCAAGCUCUACUUUGGACAGAAGUGCCCCAGAGUCAACGGUGUCAAGGCACACACUAACAAGUGCAACCGAAGACAGGUGACCCUGGACCUGCAGAUAUGCUACAUUGGGGACUGCGAGAUCAGUGUGGAGCUGCAGAAGAUACAGGCCGGUGUGAACGGGAUCCAGUUGCAGGGCACCCUGCGAAUCAUCUUGGAGCCCCUCCUCGUGGACAAGCCCUUCGUGGGAGCUGUGACCAUGUUCUUCCUUCAAAAGCCGCACCUGCAGAUCAACUGGACUGGCCUGACCAACCUGCUGGAUGCGCCCGGGAUCAACGAGGUGUCGGACAGCCUGCUGGAGGACCUCAUCGCUGCCCACCUGGUGCUGCCCAACCGUGUGACUGUGCCUGUGAAGAAGGGGCUGGAUGUGACCAACCUGCGCUUCCCCCUGCCUUGCGGUGUGAUCAGAGUCCACUUGCUGGAAGCAGAGAAGCUGGCCCAGAAGGACAACUUCCUGGGGUUGCGAGGCAAGUCAGACCCCUAUGCCAAGGUGAGCAUCGGCCUGCAGCAUUUCCGGAGCAGGACUAUCUACAGGAACCUGAACCCCACCUGGAAUGAGGUGUUUGAGUUCAUGGUGUAUGAAGUCCCUGGGCAGGACCUGGAAGUGGACCUGUAUGAUGAGGAUCCUGACAGGGAUGACUUCCUAGGCAGCCUGCAGAUCUGCCUCGGGGAUGUCAUGACGAACAGAGUGGUGGAUGAGUGGUUCGUCCUGAAUGACACAACCAGCGGGCGGCUGCACCUGCGGCUGGAGUGGCUUUCACUGCUCACUGACCAGGAAGCUGUGACCGAGGACUAUGGUGGACUCUCCACUGCCAUACUUGUGGUCUUCUUGGAGAGUGCCUGCAACCUGCCGAGAAACCCUUUUGACUACCUGAAUGGUGAAUAUCGAGCCAAAAAACUCUCCAGGUUUGCCAAGAAUAAAGUCAGCAGAGACCCUUCUUCCUAUGUCAAGCUGUCUGUAGGCAAGAAGACACACACAAGUAAGACCUGUCCCCACAGCAAGGACCCCGUGUGGAGUCAGGUGUUCUCCUUCUUUGUGCACAGUGUGGCAGCCGAGCAGCUCCAUGUGAAGGUGCUUGAUGAUGACCAGGAGUGUGCUCUGGGAGUGCUGGAGUUCCCCCUGUGCCAGAUCCUCCCCUAUGCUGACCUCACUCUUGAGCAGCGCUUUCAGCUGGACCACUCAGGCCUGGACAGCCUCAUCUCCAUGAGGCUGGUGCUUCGGUUCCUGCGCGUGGAGGAACGAGAGCUGGGGAGCCCAUACACGGGACCUGAAGCCCUAAAGAAAGGCCCUCUGUUCAUCAAGAAGGUGGCCACCAAGCGGGGUCCCAAGGCCCCAGCCCAGGGAGAAGGUCCUGCAGAUUUUCUGUGCCCCCCAGACUCUGCUUCUGACACCCAGGAAGCUUCAACGAGCAACAUAACCACCAGUGCUGCCUCUGCUGCCACUGCACCUGCACCCCAAGAGACAGGCCCAGAGCCCAAAGGCAAGGACAGUGCCAAAGGGUUCUGUGAGCCCAUGGGGGAGAAGAAGAGUUCAGCCACCAUCUUCUUGACUGUCCCCGGCCCCCACUCUCCAGGGCCCAUCAAGUCUCCCAGACCCAUGAAAUGCCCUGCCUCCUCCCCACUCGCAUGGCCGCCCCAGAGGCUGGCUCCCAGCAUGUCCUCGCUCAACUCCCUGGCCUCUUCCUGCUUUGACCUGACAGAAAUCAGCCUCAACAUUGAAGGUGGGAAUCUCAGGCAGCGGUGGCUGGGUGAGAUUCAGCUCACGGUGCGCUAUGUGUGUCUGCGGCGCUGCCUCAGCGUGUUAGUCAAUGGCUGCAGGAACCUGACACCAUGUACUACCAGUGGAGCUGAUCCCUACGUCCGAGUCUACUUGUUGCCAGAAAGGAGGUGGGCAAGUCGUAAGAAAACUUCAGUGAAGCGGAAGACUCUAGAACCCCUGUUUGAUGAGACAUUUGAAUUUUUUGUUCCCAUGGAAGAAGUAAAGAAGAGGUCACUAGAUGUUGCAGUGAAAAAUAGUAGGCCACUUGGCUCACACAGAAGAAAGGAGUUAGGAAAAGUUCUGAUUGACUUAUCAAAAGAAGACCUGAUUAAGGGCUUUUCACAAUGGUAUGAGCUGACUCCAGAUGGACAGCCCAGAAGCUGA